UCGGUGAGGGGAUCUACCUAAUAUGGGUGGAUACUCUUAUUCUGGAGCUACAGAAAUACUGAUAGUAAAAGUAGUAGUGAUGGUUAUUUAGUGACCUUUGGGCAAGGACACUCUGUUAAUUAACCUCCUGUUAAUAAAAUUCUCAUAACCCAGAUUCCACAAGUAACAGGUUUCUGCCCCUUCAGGGAGUCCUAUCACAUCCAUUAAAUGUCAAAACUACAGGCGCCUUGGACUUGCAGAGCCUUUUCUCUUCGAUGAUAAAAACAGGGCUGGCUCGACCCAGUUGUCUUCUAUUAAAAAUCCUUAAGGAAAGUGACGCUUUCGGGUCUUUCUUUCUCAGCAACCCGUUUAAGCUUCACAAUACCCAUUGUAAAGAAGUUCUGUAUAUUUCAGAUAUUCUGUCUCAAGCAAAACAAAACAGCCUUAGGCCCUCAUUUCUCGAGCCUGGUACAAAUAAUUAUAUAAGGAGAAAGGUGGACUGGCUGGUUCUAGUCAUCAUUUCAGGCCAUUUUUCUGUGGCUCUUAAUUCUGGGUUGCUUCUAAAUCCUAAUAUUCACCUCUGAGGUUUAGAAUCAGUCAAGAGCCCCCUCCCUGACCCUCCCACUCCAUCCUCUUCCUCUCAGUGCUUUUCUCUUUCCUUAGAUCUGGAGCUCUUCACAUCUCAGGCCCAGGGAAUGUUAGCCUGGAGAAUUUUAACCCUAUCCCGCCCAGAGCUUGUGCUGAGCCCCUGUCUGUGCAGAUGGCCCAGCCCCGCCCCCAGUCCCUCACUGCAGCCUCUUGAGCCCCGAGCCUGUGUAAUCCUCCUCUUGUGCGGGGAGCCUCUCUGUCCCCUGCGGAGAGGAGGAAAGCCUGCCUGGAACAGCCUUGGACAAAGGGGCUGACAUUGCCCCGUCAAACUGCAGGCUUUCAGCUCUUCAGCACCUGUUGCCUUCACUAGCAGCUUUUCCUCCUCUUCUUCCCUGCACUCCCCAGAACCAAAGAAUGUGAAGGGGGUCCAUGGAGGGCUCACGUCCCCGCGCCACGGGCGGCCACUUAGCGCCAUCACCACCGGCCUUCGAAGGCGAGCUGGAUCUGCAGCGCUACUCCAACGGGCCGGGCCCGAGCGCCGCCGCCGCCGCGGCCGCCGCGGCCGCCGCCAGCUCCUCGGGAAUGGGAGCCCUGGGCUGGUCCGAGAGUCGCACGGGCGAGCGGCGCUUCCCUUGUCCCGUGUGCGGGAAACGCUUCCGCUUCAACUCCAUCCUGGCCUUACACCUGCGGGCCCACCCGGGCGCCCAGGCCUUCCAGUGCCCGCACUGCGGCCACCGCGCGGCGCAGCGCGCUCUGCUGCGUUCGCACCUGCGCACGCACCAGCCCGAGCAGCGGCCACGCAGCCCCGCGGCCCGCCUGCUGCUGGAGCUGGAGGAGCGCGCGCUCCUGCGCGAGGCCCGCACGGGGCGAGCCCGAGGCUCGGGGGCCGCGCAGGCCGCCUCCUCCACCACCGCCGCGGCCCCCCACGAAGGCCCGGCGAGAUCCCAGGCCCACUCGGCGGCGGCGGCGUCCUCGUCGUCCUCGUCCGCCUUCCCGUGUCCCUUCUGCAAAGGCAAGUUCCGCACCGCGGCCGAGCGCGAACGCCACCUGCACAUCUUGCACCGGCCCUGGAAGUGCGGCCUGUGCAGCUUCGGCGCCAGCCAGGAGGAGGAGCUGCUGCGCCACAGCCUGACGGCCCACGGCGGCCCCGAGCGCACCCUGCCGGCCAAGUCGGCGGCGCCUCAGCCUCCGUCUCAGCCUCCGCCUCCGCCUCCGCCUCCGCCUCCACCCAAGCCCGAGCCCAGACCCAAGCCCGAAUCCAGAUCCAUCCCCGAGCCAGAACCCGAGCCCGAGCCGCAACGCGAGGCCACCCCUGCCCCGGUGCCUGCAGCGCCCCCCGAGGAACCCCCGGCGCCUCCGGAGUUCCGCUGUCAAGUGUGCGGGCAGAGCUUUACGCAGUCCUGGUUCCUCAAGGGCCACAUGCGCAAGCACAAGGCCUCCUUCGAUCACGCGUGUCCCGUGUGCGGCCGCUGCUUCAAGGAGCCCUGGUUCCUGAAGAACCACAUGAAGGUGCAUGCCAGCAAGAUAGGCCCCCUGCGCGCCCCUGGGCCUGCCCAGCCACCUGCCCGGCCACCCCAGCAGCCGCCCCAGCCGCCUGAUCUAGGCCUGCUGGCGGCCUACGAGCCGCUGGGUCCCGCUCUCCUCUUGGCUCCGGCUCCCACUCCUGCAGAACGCCGGGAGCCCCCAAGCCUCCUGGGCUACCUGAGUCUUCGAGCUGGAGAGGCUCGGCCCAAUGGAGAAGGCGCGGAGCCGGGAGCUGGGCGCAGCUUUGGGAGCUUCUGCCCGCUGCCCUCGGCUCUCCCGGCCCGGGCGCGCAGGCAGCGCACUGAGGAACCAGAGGAGGAAGAGGAGGUGGUGGAGGCAGAGGAAGAGGCCUGGGCCAGGAGCCGGACGCUGGGCACUCUGGCUUCCAUGCAUCCUCGUCCAGGAGAGGGGCCCGGGCCCACGGCGCCUGCUACGGGGGCUGCGGUGCGACCCGCUACCACACAGGAAGAGAAUGGGAUGCUUGUUGGAGGGGCCCGGUCUGAAGGGGGCCGGGGGGCCACUGGCAAGGAUUGUCCCUUCUGCGGAAAAUCUUUCCGCUCGGCGCAUCACCUCAAAGUGCACCUUCGAGUGCACACAGGUGAACGCCCCUACAAGUGUCCGCACUGCGACUAUGCGGGCACACAGUCUGGCUCGCUCAAGUACCACCUGCAGCGCCACCACCGGGAGCAGCGGAGCGGGGCAGGGCCGGGGCCGCCCCCAGAGCCGCCCCCCACUGCCCAGCGGGCUUCUGGAGCCAAAGCAGCCCCUCAGCAGCCUGCGGCCUGGGUGGAGCGCGCUGCGAGCCCGAGUCCGAGGCCCGCAUCCAGCGGCGCUGCAUCUGGGUCAGGGUCAGGGUCGGGGUCCCGUCGGAAGCCUGCCAGCCCCGGGAGGGCCCUGCGCAACGGGCGAGGUGGUGAGGCCGAACCCCUGGACCUGUCCCUGCGGGCAGGACCGGGAGGAGAGGCCGGGCCGGGGGGUGCCCUCCACCGAUGCCUCUUCUGCCCCUUUGCCACGGGCGCCCCAGAGCUCAUGGCCCUGCACCUGCAAGUGCACCACAGUCGCAGGGCCCGAGGCCGCCGUCUGCCCCAGGCCGACGCCCCUGCCUCCGCCUCUGUGCCCUUCGCCCGUGCGCCAUCGGGGGAAUCCUCUCCCAGUCCUCCGCAGGAAGGAGAGGAGAGUCCAGGGCUGUCGAGGUCGGGAGAGGCCGGGCUAGGGGGCCAAGAGCGGUAGGGAGCCCUUCAAAGGGUGCUUAGUGUAGUGAGCUCACCCCGCCGGAGCGGGAGAGCCCUAGAGGUAGUUGGGUAGAGCAGCCAGCAAGGGGCAGCGUGGGACCCGUCUCCCAGCCCCAGCCCCAGGCGGACCUGAGAUGUCGGGGCAGAGGGCUUUAGAGGGGUGGAACGGCCAGGAACCCACCCAGCCCAGGGGAGAGUCACAGUGCCUUAGAAGUGGCAGGGGUGAGGGUCAAAGAACGGGGUCCCAGGGCUGGCAGAGAGGGUGGUUGGUGCCUCUGCGGAGGAGCUGUUCUGCCAGUCUGCUGGUCCAUAGGUGUGAGAGUUUAUUUUUGUACAAUGGGUGGGGGUGGGGGCACUGUACCCUUCUAGCCCCUUCAGGGGCCCUGUAGACCUCGCUAUUUUUGGUACAAUUCCUGUCAUUCCCUGUCGCAGAGUUGUGUCCCCAAUAAACAGGUGUCUUGAGGCACA